AUGAAGUUUCCACGAGCGGGGAGACGAUCACGGUCUCCUCUGUUCCUAGCCGUCUUCGCCGCCCUCCUCGUCUUCGCGACAACCGUCGAGGCUUCAUACGGCGACCGCAUGCCAGAGUUCCGCGAAUGCGUCCAAGUCUGCCACGAUGAGAACUGCGCUCCAGGCAAAGAUGCUACCCCGAUCCCCCUCCACCGUCGUCUCCUCCUCUGGACAUGCUCCUCCGAAUGCGACUACACCUGCCAGCACAUCAUAACCAAGAAGCGCGUUGCCGCCGGCGAGCGCGUCGUCCAGUUCCACGGAAAGUGGCCCUUCCACCGCUUCCUCGGAUGCCAGGAGCCCUUCAGCACGAUAUUCAGCUUGGGAAACCUCUGGGCUCACUAUGACGGCCUGCGCAAGUUCCGCGCUGCCGUCCCGGCCUCUUACCCGCUGAUGCCCUGGUACACCUGGCUCGCGGCCGUCGGAGUGGCUUCGUGGACCUUCAGCGCCAUUUUCCACACGCGCGACUUUGCUGCGACGGAGCAGCUUGACUAUUUUGCCGCCGGCGCCAACGUGCUCUAUGGGCUAUACUACACCGUGGUGCGCGUCAUGCGUCUAGACCGCCCGACGCCGCGGAGACGGUCCGUUCUGAGGGCGUGGACUCUGCUGUGCGUCUUGCUGUAUGCGGGGCACGUUGCGUACCUAAAGGGUGUGCGCUGGGAUUAUACCUACAACAUGGCGGCAAACGUUGUCGUCGGAGUGAUCCAGAACCUGAUGUGGCUGUGGUUCAGUUACAACAAGUACAGGCAAACGCGCAGGGUGUGGGCUAUCUGGCCGAGUAUCGUCGUCGCCAUUAUCGUCACUGUCAUGAGUCUCGAGUUGUUCGACUUUCCGCCUUUACUUGGCGCUCUUGACGCGCAUAGUCUUUGGCAUCUGGGCACCAUCCCGCCAACGAUACUGAUGUAUAGGUUCUUGAUUAAGGAUGCACAGGAUGACAUGGCCGGAAGCGAGAGACUCAAGUCUUAG